AUGAAAGGCAGUAGUAGGAGUAAGGAUCAUUCGACAGAAGGAGAAGGAACUGGGAAGCGACCAAAAAGAAAGUGUCUUCAGUGGCAUCCCCUGCUUGCCAAGAAACUCCUUGACUUCUCUGAAGAGGAGGAGGAGGAAGAAGAGGAGGAAGAUAUUGAUAAGGUGCCACUCCUUGGUGCAGAUGGUUUAGAGCAGGAUGCUGAUGAGACUGAAGAUGACGAGUCCUCAGAGCAACGAGCUCGCCGACCAAUGAAUGCAUUUCUCUUGUUCUGCAAACGCCAUCGCUCUCUGGUGCGGAAAGAACACCCGCGGCUCGAUAACCGUGGCGCAACCAAGAUCCUGGCAGAUUGGUGGGCUGUUCUAGAUCCCAAAGAGAAGCAGAAAUACACUGACAUGGCUAAGGAGUACAAAGAUGCAUUUAUGAAGGCAAAUCCAGGGUACAAGUGGUGCCCAACAACAAACAAACCUGUGAAAACCCAGACAUCCACUGUUACAAGCAGGAAAAAGCUAUGGGCCUUUGCAUCAGAAUCUACAAAAGAUUUACCAAGCCCAAGGAAAGGGGCAAAAAAUGAAGAAAUGCCCCAGCUUAACUUUGGGAUGGCAGAUCCUACACAAAUGGGAGGCCUGAGUAUGCUGCUUCUAGCAGGGGAACAUGCCCUGACUGCACAAGAGGUUUCCUCAAGUACUUUCCAGUCAGUUGCAACAAAUUCUACAGAAGCAUGUCAAAAGUCAUCAUUGUUUCAAUUUGCAGAGAUCUCUUCAAGCACAUCCCAGCCUGCAGUCCCAGGACCUGGUAAACACACUGAGGAGUCUGCUUUGUUCCAGUUUGCUGAGAUCUCAUCAAAUACUUCCCAGCUGUCAAGUCCUGAGUCAGUAAAGCUCUGUGGGAAGUCGGCUCUCUUCCAGUUGGCAGAGAUGUGCCUUGCUUCAGAAGGAGUGAAAGUGAUGAAAGAACCUGGGAAAACUGAAGUGGAAGCAUCAGGAGAUGUGGGAGGGGAAAUCCCAGAGGAAAUGGAAGUAGAACUGGAGAAAACAAUAGCAAAAGACUCCUGUAAAGGAAAAGUAGAACUGUCUGAGAUAGAGAAAAUGCAAAAGUGGGAUGAGUCAAAAGCUGAGGAACCAGAAACAGCAAAAUGCAGAGAUUUGAUGAGCUUUGCCACGGAGAACAGUCGUUUUGAGAGGAACGAUACCACAAAGGGUCACAUCUGCUGUUCUCCAGAGCUUUCCAUGGCUGACAUGAAUAUCCUGGGGCUAAAGCCAGAAAAGAUAAAGAAGAAAAAGAAAAAAAAUAAGUUGGAGCGGCAUACAAAUGAGAAAUCCACCCCUAAGAAGCCUUGUAAAAAGAGGCAGUCCUCCGAGUCAGACAUUGAGAGUGUGAUGUACACCAUCGAAGCGGUGGCCAAGGGGGACUGGGGUGCAGAGAGACUGGCAGAAACGCCCCGCAAAAAACCUCGCCCUGUCCCCAGUGUGAAGGGAAGCCUCUUGGAUACAAAAUCACCAAAGAAAAAAGUGAAGUCAAAAGAGAAGAAAACAUCAAAGGAGAAACCCACGGAGACCACCAAAGAAUCAAAGCCUCCUGAUUUCCUUAAUAUUGCAGCCAGCAAGGAAGUACCGUGUGAGGCUUCUGAUAACAUUAAAGUGGAACCACUGACCCCAACAGAGGAGGUGGUACCCCAAAGCUUACCAGGACAGGUCAAAACUGAGGACAGUGACUGUCUUAAAAAGAUAGAAACCUGUGGCUCCAGGAAAUCAGAGAGAUCUUGCAAAGGUGCUCUUUAUAAAACUCUGGUGUCAGAGGGCAUGCUCACAUCUCUGCGCGCUAACGUGGACAGAGGAAAAAGAAGCUCAGGAAAAGGCAACUCCUCAGAUCAUGAAGGAUGCUGGAAUGAAGAAAACUGGGCUUUUUCCCAAAGUGGGACAAGUGGGAACAAAAAACUGAAAAGGCCUAAGCCAAAGGAGGAGUUCGUUUUCGGCUUAGCAAAGUUGGAAGAAGAAUUUGAAAAGAAAUUCAACAGCCUCCCUCAAUACAGUCCUAUUACCUUUGACAGGAAAAAUUCAUCUGUUCCAAGGAAAAAGAGAAAGGUUGGAAGCGGCUCGUCUGAACACCCAAAAUCCAACAAAGCCAUACUCUCAGAAGACAGAAAUUCCAGUGAGUCUGCCUGGAAGAAUAAAAUUUCUGUAUCUGCCCUAAACACUCCAGAGCCAGCAAUGAUGCAUGAGCCUUUAGUUGGCAGCCAGAAAAGGAAAGCAAGAAAAACUAAGAUCACACAUCUUGUCCGAACAGCAGAUGGUCGAGUCUCACCAGCAGGAGGGACAAUGGAUGAGAAGCCAAAAGAGCUGCCACAAAGUACUCUUCAAAAAACAUCAAGUGCAGAAACAGAUUGCAACAGUGAAUGCUCCAGAAGUGCAGAGGCAGAAGAAAAUCAUAGUAUUACAUCAGAUAUGCCAGCAGUGUCUGCAUUUUUUAGUUUAGCUGCUCUGGCAGAAGUAGCAGCCAUGGAAAAUGUACACAGAAGUCAGAGGGCCACUCCUCUCCCACAUGAUGGACAGCCAAAUGAAAUGUCUCAGGCUCCAGUGCUUAUUUCCUGCGCUGACCAGUGA